AUGGCGCGGGUGUCCUGGGAGUUUCGUUGCUGGAUAACCCGGCCACCUGCUCUGCUUCCAGGUGCAAUUUGAGUGCGGGGAGGCGUUGCCUCGCAAUUUGGAGUGGAAGAUCAUCUAUGUGAGCUCUGCAGAGAGUGAGGAAUAUGACCAAGUUCUUGACUCAGUGCUGGUGGGACCUGUUCCAGCUGGGAGGCAUAUGUUUGUGUUUGAAGCCAAUGCCCCCAAUCCUGAUCUAAUCCCUGAAAGUGAUGCUGUGGGGGUUACAGUAAUACUUAUCACUUGUACCUAUCUGGGCCAAGAAUUCAUCCACAUUGGAUACUGUGUCGACAAUGAAUAUAUGGAUCCCGAGCUAAGAGAAAACCCACCCCUCAAGCCAGACUUCUCCCAGCUACAGAGGAAUAUCUUGGCAUCCAACCUCAGAGUCACCCAUUUCCACAUCAAUUGGGAUGGUCCUAGAGACCAGAUGGACAAUAAUGAAAAUGUAGACCCACAACCUGAUAGCUUCCUGCCUCCUAGCUGUGUCUACAUCAAAGGCUUGGUCCAUUCCAUGGGUCUGCAACCAGAGAAUUCCAUGGACUGUAUGUGA